GUGAGAGUGUGAGCUAAAGGGGGGGAGAGUGGGCGUGGCUUCAACGCAUUCUCUCCCCCCCCUCCCCACCACAUCCCUUCCUCGCUCAGCUCUGCUCUGCUCGCCUUUCUCCACAAUUACCUGUUCAACCACAACUGGCGAGCGUGACUUCGUGAGCUACGGAGAAACAUCCUCCCGCCAAAAAAAACUAACCUGAACGCCUUUGAGGAUCAUUUCGAAGCCAACAUUUUCAUCUGCAUCGCCCCACAACGACAACUCUUUUUUGCCACUCGAAGGAUCUGCAAAGACUCGAUCCACGCCACACAAUGCACUUGUUGUCCGCCGGCUGCGUGGGCUCCCUCGUCCUCAUCCUCACCACGCUGCUCUGCCAAGUGAGCGGCUUGGAGACGGUGAUGGGCCUCUACGGCGAAACACUUGAGAUUCCGUGCAACAAAGGAGCCGUGAAAGCGGAAGAGGUGCUGAUGACUAAAUGGAAAUAUGACAAAGGAGAGGGACUUUCAGGAGACCUCCUAGUCAAGCAGAAAGAUCGCAACCUCUCCAUUAGCGCCACGGACGAAUAUAGCGGGCGAAUCAACAUGGCCGCCAACUUAAGCCUGCUGCUGAAUGCCGCCAAGUUGACUGACCAGCGUACUUUCACCUGCAUGGUGGUGCUUGGCGACAUCAAAGAGUACCCGGUUCAGGUGGUCAUCAACAAGGCGCCUACGGAAGUGGAGAUUUCAGACAAAGCGGAAGAGCUGGAGUUUGGCAAACUUACUAAGCUGGCCACAUGUGUUGUACGAGAUGCUAACCCGGCGGCCAACAUCUUAUGGCUAAAGAACAACAAGCCCCUGGUGGAUGAUGGGAAAGGCAUUUCCAUCCAAGCCUCGGUGCAAGUUGACCCCGUGACCAGCCUCUCCACCACCUCCUCCACGCUGGAGUACUCUGCUAACAAGGAGGACACCGACGCGCAGUUCUCCUGCAGCUCUCAGCACGACGUGGGCAAGCAGCUGACAUCUCCUCCGCUCACCUUCACCAUCACAUACUCUACUGAGAACAUCGUCCUGCAAGUGAUUGCACAGAAGCCUCUGGUAGAAGGGGCCAACGUGAUCCUCAAGUGCAUGGCGGACGGCAACCCGGCCCCAACCAGCUUUAACUUCCACCUCAAGGGGGACGUGGUGACUGUGAAUAACAACGAUACAUACACCCUGACUCACGUCUCGCGCGACACCAGCGGUGAAUACAAAUGCUCCCUAAUUGACAACCCCUCCAUGAUGGCUUCCAAGGACGUCAUAGUCAAUUACCUAGACAUCAGUUUAAGCCCCUCCGGGAACGUUGUCAAGACAGCCGGGGAGGCUUUGGAGCUAAAUUUCCAGAUCAACUCUUCAGGGGAAUCACAGGUCUCCUGGACGAAGGACAAUGUCAAGCUGCACAAAGAGCCCAAGUUUAACAAGCUGGCGUACUCAGACGCUGGCCACUAUGACUGUGAAGUGAAAAUGGGAGACCUCAACAAGACUGUUUCUUUUAAACUGGUUGUUGAAGGCGCUCCAGUGAUCAAGCAGCUGUCCAAAGAGCGCGGUGAAGAUGGUCAACAUAAAGUCUUGAUUUGUGAGGCCGAGGGCUCUCCAAAGCCAUCUGUUUCCUGGAGCAUCAACGGCACCUCGCUUUACGAAAGUCCUUUCAUCAACGGGAAGAUCACGCACAAAAUCACAGUGGUGCCCACGGUCAACCUGACCGUCUCGUGCACCGUGUCCAACGUGUUUGGCACGGACACGUGGGAUAUCGAUGUAUCGUCUCUAUUUGAGGAGGUGAGAGUGGAUAAACGAGACCAAUCCAAAGACGGCGAUCAGACCAAGUUGGUGGUCGGAGUCGUGGUCGGCCUUCUCAUCGCCGCCAUGGUUAUCGGCCUGGCGUACGGAAUCUACCAGAAGAAAUCCAAGCAAGGCAGCUGGAAGACCGGCGAGAAGGAGAACGGCUCCUCUGAGGAGGAGCGAAAGCUGGAGGAGAAAGUGGAGGAGAACAGCCAGAAAGCUGAAGUGUAGAGAAAGAAGAGCAACCAACCAUCCUUUUGGGAAUGUGAAAGCGAGAACAUGGAACUUUGCACGUUUCUCCUCCCAUCAUCUUCUGGGAAAAGACAAAAAAAAAAAUAACCGGUGUACAUUUCAAUGAAGACAGUUUGGAUUUGAUUUCAGGGAGAAUUUGAGUACAAGUCAAAUCCAACCUCCUCUGAAAGCCUCCCCACUCAAAAGAACCAAUUGGAUACUGUACGUGACAUGUUUGCUCUACUUGAUCCACACGAUUCAUGUUUGUUCGUAACUUCUAGAGAAGGAACUUUUUGGUUAGUUGCUGCAAGUAAAAGAACUUUUAGACCAGUUUGCCUUUGCUGUAAACAUGUGUAGGCCUGCAUCAUGUCAUGUUUUGUUUUUUGUGUUGGCAACUUUCAACGUACAUACACGUUCUCCGUUUGUUCAUUCAUUUGGGCAUAAAUGACUGAGAAGAAAUCGCUGAAAGGGCUAAAGGGGUGUUUGCUUAGUUGUGGUUAACGAUUGCAGGAAAUAGACCACCUUUUUGUUGUCUGAGAGACAACACGCCACUUUGCUUUUUUUUUUUCCAAAUGUACUGUAUGUUAGCCAUAACCGCCGGGUGACGCAUGAGCAGGCAGAACAGGGGUGGGGGGGGGAAUGUACCUGCUCGUCUCUUCCGUUGGAACAUUUGCUGGAUCUGAAAACAUGUUGGACCGGGAUGUCUUUGUGAAGUACGAUUUUUUGUUGUUGUUGUUGUUGUUGUGGUUUCUAUUUAUGUUGUGCAAGAUGAAAGAUCCUGGUAGGCAAAUUGAAAAUGAUUUUUCCAUCCCACAUUUGAAAUUGUUGAUAAAAUUGCUUGCAGACUGGAGACAAAUGUAGCUAAUUUCUUUUGUUUGCUCCGCGUCGGCUUGAGUUAGCGUCUCAGCAUGCGAUGACGUCGCCAUCAGACCCUGGAGCAACCCGCCUCAUGAGAAAACAUCCAAUUGGAAGAAUGACCAAAGAAAGUGAACAUUGCCAUGCAAGUAUUGUAAAUAUCGCUUUUGUUUUUUUUGUACUUUUGUUUAAAAUAAAGUGUA